AUGGAGCUGUGGAUUCAUCUCUUAUAUUCAUCUCUUCUUGCCUCUAUAACUUUACAAUCCCAGUCUCCAUUGCCCUCACUCAGAGGAUCUUGUGAUACUCUUUGUAAUUGUGAGGAAAAAGAUGGCACAAUGUUAAUAAACUGUGAAGAAAAAGGUAUCAAGAAAUUAUCCCAAAUAAGUGUGCCACCAUCACGACCUUUCCACCUAAACUUAUUAAAUAAUGGCUUGACAAUGCUUCACACAAAUGACUUUUCUGGGCUUACCAAUGCUAUCUCAAUACACCUUGGAUUUAACAACAUUGCAGAUAUUGAGACUGGUGCAUUCAAUGGCCUUGGCCUUCUUAAGCAACUUCACAUCAACCACAACUCUUUAGAAAUUCUUAAAGAGGAUAGCUUCCAUGGAUUGGAAAACCUGGAAUUCUUACAAGCUGAUAACAAUUUUAUUACAGUGAUUGAACCAAGUGCCUUUAGCAAGCUCAACAGACUUAAAGUGUUAAUUUUAAAUGACAAUGCUAUUGAGAGUCUUCCUCCAAAUAUAUUUCGAUUUGUUCCUUUAACCCAUCUAGAUCUUCGUGGAAAUCAGUUGCAAACACUGCCUUAUGUUGGUUUUUUAGAACACAUUGGCCGAAUAUUGGAUCUCCAGUUGGAGGACAAUAAAUGGGCCUGCAAUUGUGUGCAGUUAAAAAUCUGGUUGGAAAACAUGCCUCCACAGUCUGUAAUUGGUGAUGUUGUGUGCAACAGUCCUCCAUUUUUCAAAGGAAGCAUACUAAGUCGACUGAAAAAGGAAUCUAUUUGCCCUGCUCCCCCAGUGUAUGAAGAACAUGAGGAUCCUUCUGGAUCACUGCAUCUGGCAGUAACAUCUUCAAUAAGUGAUAAUCGCAUGUCAACCAAGACCACAUCUAUUUUAAAACCACCUACCAAAGCACCAGCGUUGGUACCUUAUCUUACAAAGCCAUCCACUCAGCUUCCAGUUCUCUACUGUCCUAUUCCUUGUAAUUGCAAAGUCCUGUCCCCAUCAGGACUUCUAAUACACUGUCAAGAGCGAAAUAUUGAAAGCUUAUCUGAUCUAAAGCCUCCUCCACAAAAUCCUAGAAAGCUGAUUCUAGCAGGGAAUAUUAUUCAUACAUUAAUGAAAUUUGAUUUAGUGGAAUAUUUCACUUUGGAAAUGCUUCACCUGGGAAACAAUCGUAUUGAAAUUCUUGAAGAAGGAUCGUUUAUGAAUCUAACCAGACUACAGAAGCUCUAUCUGAAUGGUAACCAUCUGACCAAAUUAAGUAGAGGUAUGUUUCUUGGUCUUCAUAGUCUUGAAUACUUAUAUCUUGAAUACAAUGUGGUAAAGGAAAUAUUACCUGGAACCUUUAACUCAAUGCCUAAACUUAAAGUACUCUAUUUAAAUAACAACCUCCUUCAAGUAUUACCACCACAUAUUUUUUCAGGAAUUCCCCUAACUAGGGUAAAUCUUAAAACAAACCAGUUCACCCAUCUACCUGUAAGUAACAUCUUGGAUGAUCUUGAUUUACUGACCCAGAUUGACCUUGAGGAUAAUCCCUGGGACUGCUCCUGUGACCUCGUUGGAUUGCAGCAAUGGAUACAAAAAUUAAGCAAGAACACAAUGACAGAUGACAUCCUCUGCACUUCUCCAAGUCAUCUUGACAAAAAGGAAUUAAAAGCCCUCAACAGUGAAUUACUUUGUCCAGGUUUAGCUAAUAACCCAUCCUUGCCAACUCAGAGUAGUUACAUUAUUGUUACUACUCCUACAGCAACAACAAACACAGCCGGUACUCUAUUAAGCUCUCUGACUGAUGCAGUACCUCUGUCUGUUCUAAUUUUAGGACUUCUGAUUGUGUUCAUAACCAUUGUGUUCUGUGCUGCAGGUAUAGUAGUUCUUGUUCUUCACCGUAGAAGAAGAUACAAAAAGAAACAAGUAGAUGAGCAACUGAGAGACAACAGUCCUGUGCAUCUUCAAUACAGUAUGUAUGGUCAUAAAACAACUCACCACACAACGGAAAGACCCUCUGCCUCUCUCUAUGAGCAGCAUAUGGUGAGUCCCAUGGUUCAUGUCUACAGAAGUCCAUCCUUUGCUCCAAAGCAUUUGGAAGAGGAAGAAGAAAGGAAUGAUAAGGAAGGAAGUGAUGCAAAACAUCUUCAGCGAAGUCUUCUGGAACGGGAAAAUCAUUCACCACUCACAGGGUCAAAUGUGAAAUACAAAACUACAGACCAAUCAACAGAAUUUUUAUCCUUUCAGGAUGCCAAUUCAUUAUAUAGGAACAUUUUGGAGAAAGAAAGAGAACUUCAGCAACUGGGAAUCACAGAGUAUCUAAGGAAAAACAUUGCUCAGCUCCAACCUGAUAUGGAAGUGCAUUAUCCUGGAGCCCAUGAAGAAUUGAAAUUAAUGGAAACGUUAAUGUAUUCACGGCCAAGGAAAGUGUUAGUGGAACAGACGAAAAAUGAGUAUUUUGAGCUCAAAGCUAAUUUACAUGCUGAACCUGACUAUUUAGAAGUCCUGGAGCAGCAAACAUAGAUGGGGAAUUUGUGGGCUUUUGGAGAAAUGCUGUGAUUCUGUCUUAAGUCCAAACUUGGAUAAGUGCCUUACAUGAGUGUGUCAUCCAUCAGAACUUAAGCACAGCAGUAAUCCUAUAGG